AUGCAGAGCAGAAGUAAAAUAAAAGAUCUUCUUCGUGUGAUCAAUGUAGCUGCUUGUAGCUGUCCAGCUCAUUCUAGAGGUCCUGUAGUGUUUUCAAGCUGCUCCUCUGAUGGACCCAGAAAAGAAACUGCAUUUGAAAUGUCUUGUAGUACAGUACGAUAUGGACCUGAUGUAAUUAAAGAAGUUGGUAUGGACUUAUCGAACAUGCAAAUUAGAAAGGCUUGUAUAAUGACCGAUGUUCAUAUAGGAAAACUACCCUGCAUGCAAACUGCUGUUGAUAGUUUAACCAGAGCAGGAAUUUCUUUUGAAGUUUACGAUAAUAUUGGAUCAGAACCGACCGAAAAAAGUCUAACCCACGCAUCCGAUUUUUGUCGAGCUGGAAGAUUCGACGGCUAUGUUGCCCUCGGAGGUGGAAGCGUUUUAGAUACUUGCAAAGCUGCUAAUCUGUAUGCCAGUGACCCAAGAGCUCAGUUUUUGGACUACGUAAAUCCUCCUAUUGGUAAAGGAAAACCUGUAACUGUAGACUUGAAACCGAUGAUCGCAAUUCCUACAACCUCCGGAACUGGUUCUGAAGUUACUGCAGUUAGUGUCUUCGAUUAUAAACCACUCAAAGUUAAAACAGGAAUAGCAAACCGCAAAAUGCUACCGACGUUGGCACUCAUCGAUCCUUUGCCUACACUUUCCGUACCCAAAACAGUGGUGGUUCAUACGGGAUUUGACCAGCUAUGCCACGCUUUAGAAAGUUUCACAACUCUGCCUUAUAAUGAUAGAAUGCCUGCGCCGACUAAUCCCAAUUUACGACCAGCUUAUCAAGGACGAAGUCCUUUGUCCGACAUUUGGAGCAGGUUUGCCUUAGUUAAUAUAGAAAAAUAUUUUCGUCGAUCCGCACAAUGUGAUGGAGAUGUAAAGGCUCGUUCAAUGAUGCAUUUAGGAGCAACAGCCGCUGGUAUCGGAUUUGGUAACGCAGGUGUUCACCUCUGCCACGCAAUGUCUUAUCCAAUUUCUGGACUUGUGAAAACAUUUGUACCACAAGGAUACAGUCCGAAAUCCAAGCCAGUCAUACCGCAUGGUCUAGCAGUAAUAAUGACGGCUCCUGCUGUGUUCGAAUUUACAUCAAAAGCGUCUCCUGAACGUCAUUUAGAAGCUGCCCAAUUAUUGGGUCGAGAUAUAUCUAAUGACCGCAGAGUAGAUGCUGGCAAAAUAUUAGCAGAUACUUUACGUUGUUAUAUGCAAGCUCUAAAUGUUGAAAAUGGGUUGACAGCAUUAGGUUACACAAAACAAGAUAUACCAUUAUUGGUAAAAGGAACUCUCCCGCAGCAAAGAUUAACUGGACUAGCACCACUUGCACAAUCAGAAGAACAACUAGCAACUAUUUUUGAGAAUUCAAUGACGGUGUAUUAGAAAUAUAUA